AUUUUUUUCCGUCAAUAUUUCGCUUUCAUUUUUUUUUUCCAAACCCUUCAAAUUAAUUCGUCUCAAAAUGAAUUACUUUAAAAACAGCAAUCCAUUUAGAUUCCUAACAUACUUUUUUCGCCCUCGUAGCUCCACUAGUGAAACUUUAAUUAAACCGAGAAAGAGUAAAAGUGACAUGAUCCUCGAAAAACAGCCCAGCAAAGAAGUAUCGUUGCAAAAAUCCACAACGAGCAUCACAAAAUGUCAGAACAUUGAGAAGCAGCCAUCGAAAACUCAACUAACUAGAGCCGACAGUCGCAAUUCUUUGCACCAAAGUAAAACUUCCUCGGAGCACAGCUUCAAGGGUGCAAUGGUGAGGAAAAAUAAUGUUUUAAAUUUUCAAGCGGCUCAUGAAGAAUCGAAAUGUAUCCCUUUAGACAAAGAAUUAAGGAGGAAAAUUGAUCAAUUACAAGCUUCAUUUAAUCUAUCGAGAAAUUCAACAGUUGAAAAAAACAGGCAAAGAUUAAAGCGAGCUUAUCCAUGGCAAAAUUUCAAUCUUCACAAUAUUUCACAAACGAACUUGGAUGUCUCCAAAAGAAUUUCCUCCGAAAUUGCUUUAGCCAGCAAUAAUUCAUCUGCCGUAACUCUAGUACCAUCAAAGCAGCAAUUGAAGGAAAUAAGAAAACAAGAGCCAUUGUUUAAAUCUAUUUUACAAAAAUCUGCAGUGAAUCCUAAACCAUCAAUAAUGCAUAAGAAAGUGGCUUUCAAUAGUAUUACCACGAUUUAUGAAUCAAAGAAAAUGACACCCAAACCAUCGAACCAUCAGGAGAAAAGUAGAGAAGAAAUUAAGAAAUGCGUUUGUAAAUGUUUUGGUCGAUGCGAACCGUUGAAAGAAGAGCACAGUUUUAUGAGUUUAUAUUUGAACAAAAGACCGAGGAAAUUUUGAUUCAAUUGAAAGUUUCAUUGUGUUCAUUUAUUUGUAUUUUCGAAAUAUAAAUCAGUGUGUCUCAACAUUAA